AUGUCAGUAUCUCUUAGACGGUUAAGAAAAUGUGUGCAUAUUUUAGUUGUUGUAGAGAAUCGUAAAGAAUCUGUUCCACCAAACGUAGAAACGAUGGAAAUACUUCGAAUCAUCACGAUAGCGUUAUUAUUGAUACAAUCAUUUUCUACAUGUAUAUGUGCAGAAUCAAUUCAGAGUACAACAACUUCGACAACAAGACCGAGACGGAAAUAUCGUCCACCAGUAAAACGUCUUUUUCGUUCACAUGACUACAUUUCUACCCAUGAAGCACUCGAUUAUUGGGCUAUUUCGCCGUAUUAUAUAGGUCAACAGGAUGAUCGUUCAUGUUCUCUUGCAAGUGUCACAAUGAUCGUAAACGCUGCCAGAGUAGAAAAAGCACUUCUAUUUAGUGAAAAAUUGCCAACUCAACAGUCUGUUAUGAAACGGGUUAAUAGUGAAAUAUGGAACAGUGGACUCGCUCCUGGAGGUGAGGGUGUCACUCUCGAUCAGAUCAAAUCAUUAAUUGAAAAGAGUUUUAAAACACAUAGUAUAAAAUAUAUCUCAGUUGAAAUCAUUCACACUGUCGAUUUGUCAGAAGAAACAAAGCAAAAGUUUCGCAGAAUUUUAGUUGAAAAUGAAAAGUCAUCAAGGAACUUUUUGAUUGCAAAUUUUAAUGGUGGUAAGGUUUUCAGUGGUGAUGAUUACGGUCAUUUUGCACCCAUUGCUGCAUACGAUGCUGGCCAUCGCCAAAUUCUUGUGAUGGAUCCAGAGCGUCAGUGGUAUGAACCAUACUGGGUAUCUGAAGAUGCUUUGCUCAAUGCAAUGGUUACAAAAGAUAAAAAAAGUGAUCAAUACCGUGGCUAUGUAUGGAUAAAACUCUUCGGAAGAAAGAAAUAA